UUUUUUUAUUGCCUCACCUCCUCUCUUCGUGGCAUUACCGCGCGUGGAACGGUGGAAGAGACCGGCAGAAGGCUUCAGCUGGUUGGUUUCCUUUUAUUGAUUCCAGAUUCCUCCACAGUCGCAAGGGUUUUAUAGUGAUAAAGAGGAGAGGGGUGUCGGGACUUUUCCCCCACUUGUGAUAACUGGAGGGAGGAAUCCCCUGCGCCCGGCCUCCCCGGCAUCCAAGCGUUGGAUUGAGUGAAGGGGCUCUCGUUGCCUCCUUUUCUUUGGGAUUUGCUUGGUUUGAGAGAGAGAGAGAGAGAAGAUGCUGGAAGGGAAGGCAUUGAUCCAGGAUACGGACAUGCCCAAAAGGAUGCAGCUGCAGGCCAUGUCCUGUGCCUCCCAAGCCCUGGACCUCUUUGAUGUCGCCGACUGCAAGAACAUCGCCGCCCACAUCAAAAAGGAGUUUGAUAGGAGGUAUGGGCCUGGAUGGCAGUGCGUGGUGGGGUCCAACUUCGGGUGCUUCUUCACCCAUAGGGAGGGAACCUUCAUCUACUUCUGCCUCGAGACCCUCUACUUCCUCAUCUUCAAAGCUGCUGCUGCUGCCACUCCUGCUUAGCCACCCGAGCUGUUUGCUGCCGGUGCUGCUUGGCUAAACUACCCUACCAACAAGAGAGAAGAAGAAAAGGAAAGAGAGACACCAUCGGAUAUUCUCAGGGCCUCUUUCCUCGCCCACAAUAUACUUUUCUUCUCCUCCUCCUUAGGGUGUCUUUCUCCCGUGUGUAUACCAACAGAAGUCGAUGUUUUAGCAGUGAAAUAAUAAAUUUCGUCUGCUUUGGAUGUAGCUUCAGCUCUGCUUCGGCUUUGUGUUUUUAUUCGUUUUUAUGAUUGCAUCGACCAAAACGGUUCGAUUCUUCCGAAUUCUUAUAAAUGCGUCUAUCCUGUUCA